UUCAGCGAACUUUUAUUAGGCUGGGGACAUUUUGGAAAGUCUGUGGUUCUUUCUAUGUAUGAAUUUAUGAAGCAAAAGCCCGCAGUAGAUGUAGUUUUCCGCUCUGCAGCUCUAUGGCUCACUCCUGGAGGAGAGAGAAACCCUUCACUCGAAAGCUCCUCCUCCUCCUCCUCCCUCUCUCUCUCCUUCUCCUCCUCAUCUUCCUUCUCCUCUCCUCCAACCCCAACACCAACACCCACACCAUCCAAUCACAGAACUCCCAAACCCUAACCCUAACCCCAAUUCCUCCUUUUGAUUGCCAAAAAUGCCCACCAUCUUCGCUGGUAUUUGCGAACACAGUUGAGGGACUGAAUUACCCUUUCCUCUACUCUCUAGCUGAUCUUGGAAUUCCUGAAAAACCCCAUAGAAAUAUACUGAGAAUGCUUAAGGGCAAGCCAUUUAGGAAACCUGAUAUAUCUGAGAAAAUUCAGGAGAUUUUGGAUGGGGUGGGGGGCCAAAUGGGAAUUGUUGUGGACGUGGGGGCAAAUGUGGGCAUGGCGACCUUUGCAGCUACGGCCAUGGGCUUUAGGGUUUUGGCUUUCGAACCAGUGACUGAGAAUUUGCAGAGAUUGUGUGAUGGGGUUUUGUUGAAUAGGGUUGGUUCUCAGGUCACCAUUUUUGCCGCUGCUGCUUCUGACCGGCUUGGGAAUAUCACAUUUCACAAGUUGGUUGGGAGGCUGGAUAAUAGUGCUGUUUCAGCAAGUGGCGCAAAGUUGGCCUUUAAAUCGAAUGAGGAAAUUGCUGUGGAGGUGGCAUCAAUCCCUCUGGAUUCAGUGAUCUCUGAUACACAACCAGUUCUAUUACUCAAAAUCGAUGUCCAAGGUUGGGAAUACCAUGUUUUGAGAGGGGCAUCAAAAUUGCUCUCUCGAAAGGCUGGAAAUGCCCCUUAUCUCAUUUAUGAAGAAGAUGAGAGGCUACUACAGGCAAGCAAUAGCAGCAAGAGUGAGAUUCGAGAGUUCUUGGCAAGUGUUGGUUAUCACCAUUGUGAGGAGCAUGGUACGGAUGCUCAUUGUAAGAAGGAUUAGAUGUGCCAAGUCAUGGGUCAUGACCACAGUUUUGGUAAUCUUUUGCUCUUUCUUUAUUUGCAAGAGCUUUCCUUUUGCACAUAAUAUUUUGUGAGAUUUUGACCGGUGCCCAAGAAGAGUCAUGAGAAAAGAAUUGGCACAUAAAAUGUUUUGUAUAAUUGCAAACGUUUCAACAAUUUUUUUGCAGGAAGGUCUUUGAAACGAAGUUUGGAUUUUCUCUCUCUCUUUUGUUGAGAUGAAUUUUUUUUCUGUAGCGUCAUUCUAGUUGAACCUUGAAGUUCUUUGUGGUCUUUUCUUCUCUCUUUUUGUGUUGAUCUGCUUGACUUUUUACAUGGUUUUCAUAUCUUUCUCUGUUUUUUAUAUGAUCUUCUUACUUCUUGUUUUUUAUUUGUUAUUUUUGAGCUUUUAGGCUUGAAAGGGAUGACGGAUAGGCUUUGACUUUCGAAUUCUUGACCUCCUUUCUUUUCUUGUUUUUUGAUUAACACUCUAUUUUAUUUGAUCUCCAAAGCAAUGACAAAUCGUUCAAUUAUUUUGAGGAAAUCUUUUCAUGUUGAAAUGAAAUAUAACUAUGAUGUCAUUUGUAAAUGUUACCUUGUUUAACUUUCCCUUGACAAACCACAAUGCAUGCAUUUGCAUAUCCAUGCACAUGGGGCUCAAGAUGCAGAACAAGCACCUGCAUACUCGCUAAUCAUGAUCGGGGUUGCUUUUAUCCACUGAAUUGUGCAAAUGUGCCGUAUUUCUCACCUGAUCAAUGCAGUGGUAUGUAAUCAAUGCUACUCAAUUUAUGGUUAGAUGUUCAACAUACAAACUCAUCAUUAGUUUAUCUGCUGUAUGGGAAGGCCUUGAAGUUGAUGGAUUUUUUUUUUUUUUUUUAACAGUUAAAUUUAAUGCAAUUUAUCUGUAAAAAAUAAGAUGAAAUUUGGUUAAAUUA